CCGCGACUCUUUCCCUCUCUCCCUCCGGCUGGGGGCGGCGGGGUCGGGGCUCGCUGGGGUCCCAUUCCUCUUCCCUCGGUGCAUGGUUGCGGCGUGAGCGAAGGAGGACGAGCCCGGCGGGGUGCGGGCCGGAGGCGGCGACGCAAGCAGAGACCUGGCGCUGCGGAGCCGCUCUGCCUGGCGGAGGUAAUGCCAGGCGUCUGAAGUGGUUGACCAAGACCUAAGGACUUGAAACAGUGGUGUGUGAUGUCAAACAGUGGGCAGUCCUUGCGGCCUCCCCCGCCAGCCUGCAGCAUCAUGUGCCAAUAUGAAUAUUAAGAGAGAAAAGCAUACUUCAGAGCUCAGCAUCCCAGAAAGAAAAAAGGAGGAACUAAACGGACAGAACAAAUGACCACACUGCUUGCAAAACUUGGGGCCGUUCACUUUUUCUCCUGAGAAAUUUCAUCUUGGCCUCUGCAAGAGAGCUGAAAGAGCAGGCAGAGCAGCUACAGUGAUUUUCUUUGGGUCCUUUUUUUUCUUUCUUAAUUUAAUUUUUUCCCUGUUGUGCCUGGAUUUUAAGAUUGUCAGCUGCACUGAUCACCAGCACUGGACAUCAAUAUGUGUCAUGUCAUUGUAACGUGUCGGUCGAUGCUGUGGACUCUCCUGAGUAUUGUGGUGGCUUUCGCAGAGCUCAUUGCUUUCAUGAGCGCAGACUGGCUGAUUGGCAAAGCGAAGCCUUCAAGCUCCGACGAUGUGGACAACCGAACGGGGGGGUCACAGGAGCCUUACCAUCCAACACUGGGCAUCUACGGGCGCUGUACCAGAAUCUCCCACAUGCAGCUUUCUAGACGAGACACGCUUUGUGGUCCUUACGCCGAAAACUUCAAUGAGAUUGCCAGUGGGUUCUGGCAGGCAACCGCUAUUUUCCUAGCUGUGGGAAUCAUGAUUCUCUGUGCUGUGGCGUUUGUGUCUGUCUUUACUAUGUGCGUGCAGAGUAUUAUGAAGAAAAGCAUUUUUAAUGUCUGUGGGCUGCUACAAGGGAUUGCAGGCCUCUUCCUUAUCUUAGGCUUGAUACUUUACCCUGCAGGUUGGGGAUGCCAGAAGGCAAUAAGCUAUUGUGGACACUACGCGUCUGCUUACAAACUAGGAGACUGCUCCUUGGGCUGGGCUUUCUACACUGCUAUCGGUGGCACUGUGCUGACGUUCAUCUGUGCAGUCUUCUCGGCUCAAGCUGAAAUAGCCACAUCCAGUGACAAAGUGCAAGAAGAAAUAGAAGAAGGGAAAAACCUUAUCUGCCUCCUUUAACUCCAGUGGGGAAAAAUACCAGCACCUGGAUCUUAAUCUGCUUUCCGUUGACUGGACAAGCAGAUCUGCUUACCUGUUUCUACCAUUCGUGUCAUUGAGCCCUGUGCAUUCCAGCCACGAACUACUGAAAGGGUCUUUCUUCCUUACAGGGCAAUGAGGAUCAGAGAAAGGAUCCCAAAAAAGCAGAAUGUAAAUACUUGGGGAUAUUACUAGUUUCAUUCUGUGAUCAGGACACAGUGGAAUAUGUUAAUCUAACUGGAGAGGUGAGGAAUCAUGUGCGUAUAGCAGGAAUGUUGUUGUUGUAACUGACAAAUUCUGAUUGAUUGGGUUGCCUUACCUACCUUGGUCACCUUGAAGAAUUUGGGUUUAAAAUAAUAAAAGCCAGCACCUAUUUUUUUUUUUCUUAAACAAAAAGGAAGCCUAUUUUGGUUAGGCUUUGUUUCCAAGAGCUCCCCUCACCUGUGAAUAUUUCACCACCACCUGGUUUGGUACCAUCCUUUUCGUUGAGGUGCUUUUUGAUACUGAACUUCCUUAAAAUACAGUGCCUUCUCAGACAGCAAGUGUAUGGUGGAGAAAGCAAAGUUGACAUGAUGCAGCUUACACCAAUCUUUAAGCGUUUAAAAAGCUGAGUCCCUGCCAGGUGUCUUGGUCUGGACACUUACAGUGCAAGGCGUGUUCCACCUGUUAUUUAGCAGGUAAAUUAUUUUGUUUCCAUUGACUAGGACAGUGAAGCUGUUCUUACACUGGCUUUCACCUGAUUCUGAUAAAAUUUCUUGAAAUAGCCAUUACUAGAAAUAUUUCUACAGCCUUUAUUGAAGCUCUUGAAAUCCCAAGCAGAUGACAACUCCCCGUUAUCUUGUGAAUGCCAACAGCCAGGCCUGGGCUGCGGCCUCUCCUGCAAAUGUAGAUCCCAUGUUGGGCUUCAACAGUGUUAUUCUUUCUCUUGCCAGUGAAACCUCAUUCCUAGUCCACAGAUCCGUCUGUCUCAUGACCCAGAGCCACAUGAGUCCUUAAGAAAUUUACAUUUUUCAGGAAGUCUUGCCAAAUUCUACAUGGCUGGGAAGAUCUUUUCUGUUUUUAUUAAACCACAUGUAGUAUGGACUCUUUUCCAACUAAAUCAGCAGAAAUAAAACAGACUUGCCACAAAUGACAUUCCUUUCUCAAAGGCAGUAGGUUCUAUUACUUGUGGUGUUGCGUCACUUACUAGAACUAAUAUACUUCUGACCUUAAAGGUAUUUUAAAAAACAAAGGAAUGAAGAACUGUGCCAUAGGAGCAUUGGGGAUAAUUCAUCUGAGAAGUACUAAAUGAAUUUUAGACUCCUCUUCUUAUUGGUAGUUUAACAUCAUCCAAUGACAGUGUUGCUAUCCAGCACUUAACUGUAUAAUAUGGAACAGAGAUUCUUGUUUAUGCCUUGUCGGUCCCUUAAGGUGUGCCAUAGAUAUUAAAAAAUUGUUGUUUCUGUACAGGUAGAUAGCUACUUUCAAUACACCACUCAAGUCAGUCGCAAUACAAGAGCAGUUCAGCAAUUAUGAUGACCGUGAGCCGUGCACCUGCUCCUGCAACCCAUGCCCACCGUUUUCUAGUUUAAAAUGGGUAAUUCACUUUUCUUUUUAAAAAAAAAACCCAAAAGUUAUGGUCUGGAACCUUUUCUGCCAACUGCCUGCACAAAGCAGGAUUGUGCUCGUAAUUUUGAUUUGUUAACAUCUGAAGGGCACGCACUGGGCUUGUCCCUCAGGUCCAGCACAGCUGCCAGGUGAGUCCCGCUGUCCUGUGGACAUUGCCCCUCACCUCCCCCUGUGCUGGGCUCUGCACCAGAGGCUGGGCUACCAGCGCAGCUCUGCAUGGGUGGGCUCUGCAAUGGGAAAAGGCGAGGGAGAACAAGAGUAGCAUAUAAAUCAGCUGAAAUUAAUUAUGAAAUAGUUUUAUAGUUUUAGCUUUUCUUAGGUGGGUAGCAAUCCAGUGUCCAGGUCACCAGUGCCAACAAAUCUCGACACUAUGUUAGGGGGCAAAUGCUGUUUUGGCUUGAGCCCUUGAUUAGUCAGAAUAAGGUCAGUUCUUAAACAAAACAAAGCAAAAAAAGGCAAAAAAAAAAAAAAAAGCAAGGAGGGUAUAUAGUGCUUUGGCUUAGAAGUAAACAACAACCAACCUUCAUUUACAUUACUAGCUGACCUGUGCUAUGAUCUACAGAAUGCUUAAAAAAUUUUAAUAGUGCAGUUUUUAAGUACAAAGGAGUUAUUUCCAGUGGCAUGUUUUGCUUUUGUUUGCCUUUCUAACCAAGAAGAACCAGCUUUCCUGCUUGUUGCUGGCCUACUAUCAACUUGCUCUGCAACAACAUAAUCAACUAACUUGCAAAAAAUAUCCAUGUUCAUCACAUAGCACAGAUAGAAGACAGGCUGGGAAGAAAUACAGAACAAAAAAAUAAACGGAAUUUAUUUUCUCAGGGUUCUGUUUUUCUAGCAAGUGAUAAGGUGGUAUAGAUAUUGCAGAUUUUUUUGUUUUUCUGGAUGAGGUUUUUAGGUGUAGGGUACACUAAUUUCAUUUCACAGCUGUUUAAAGUUGUUCCUGAAGUUCACCUCAGCAGUAGCUUUCAAAAACACUUUGAAAAAAUAAUCAGUUUAAAGCUAAUUUAAUUAAUUUCAUGAGAGGGCUGUGGAGUGUAACUGCUUCUUAAUGCAUAUGCACUGCAUAGAAGAAUUUGCUGUGGAUUCUUUAAAACCUGUGUACCAGUUAUUUCAGUUUAACUUUGUUUUUGUGGUAUGGAAGAAUUCUGUGGUUUGAUCAUCUUCGUAAACUUAUAAUCUGUAAAGUGCCAUAGACUUUUUUUUAAUUGUAGCAUAUUUAAAAAAAAUAUAUAUAUAUAUACACAAACUCGUGUGAGAUGUGCAAUACCAGGAAUGGGGUUUGUUUUUUUGUUUUAUUUUUCUUAGCUUUUGCUUUUAAACCAUAUAUUUGAAAAGGGACUUCCCAGGGAAGAAGUGGCUGAAGUUCUGGUGGUGUGGAGAAACUAAAGCAUAGAGUAAUGCAAUAGAAUCACUGAUUUUGAAGAUUAAUACAAGAAUAGUAACAGCAGCUUAAGGAUUUAACAAAAAUCUCUUCUAGUUUGAUUUGAAAUACUCAGAUUUAUGUAAUACAGACAAUUCGAAUGUGAUGCUGUGUCCAGCUCUGGCUAUAUACAAUCUAAAAGCUACAAAGGCCUAGCAAGGUUUCUGAAUGUGCUUUAUUUAUAAUGUGGCACUGCAAAAAAACAUUGCUACUGAGCUAUUUCUGGGUUGUCUGCAUCACCUUUGUAUCUGUCUUAAUCAAUAAAGUUCCCUGGAUUUUGGGAUGUUUUUUCAGCCAAAUCAUUUCCAUUUUGCAUUGUUAUCCCACAUCAGAGUCUCUCACGUCCCAGUGGUAAACACAGACGGGCUCAAGCCUUCCUGGGAAGCGGUGGGCACAGGUGCCCACCUCAGGGGCAGGACGGAGCCCAACAGAAGCAGAGUGCGGCAGCAACGUAUACACCACAGCUGCUUCGUAUAGGAAAAGCGGCUGUGGCAAUCCUGCUAGAGUAGCUUUUGAGCCAUGGUUUAUUUGUGGUACUCUUUUUCUGUUCUUGAAUCACCACUAUGUACAUUUUUUUUAGCAUGAACUAUGUACCUAAUGUGUUAUUUUUAAUCUAAAUUUCAAUUAAAAUGUGAGUUUUCAAACUUUAAAAGGAGUCUGACUACCUUACUUCAAGCAUUUUGGACAAGUUGAGCCACAGCAAGGUCGCUUUAAUUGUAGCUCUAAUAGCAUGUAAGAUCCCAGCCUGCUGAUGUUGUGUUUCAGAUUUCCAUCUCACUUCAACAAUUACUACCACUUUUACUGAUCAAAAAGUAUGUGAUCUGAAAUUGUAGCUAUCUGUUAUACAAUACAGUUGCAUUAAAGAGACUUUCCAAUUGAA